AUGGGUUGCACUUCUUCUAAUUAAGUAUAAAACGCUCAAAAAAUAUAAAGUAGCAAAGAGAAUUAGUUUAUAAACCAUAGUUACUUUAUCAAAGAAAAUGAAAAGCAGAUCAAAGAUAACUAUAUUAUUAAAAACAAGCUAGGUGAAGGAAAUGUUGGAGUAGUGAGGAGGGUCAUUGAAAAAAAUACAGGUGAUGAAAAAGCAAUGAAAAUAAUACCUAAAAACCUUUAAGAUAAGGAUUAAGAACUACAGCUUACUAUGGAAAUCGAUAUCCUAAAGUAGCUUGACCAUCCAUCAAUAAUAAAAAUGUAUGAAUUCUAUCAAGACAAGAAAAACUUUUACAUAAUCACUGAAAUAGUAAAAGGAGGAGAGUUGUUUGAUAAGAUAGUAGACAUUAACUCAUUUAAUGAAAUUGAUGCUGCUUAUAUCUUUAAUCAAAUUAUUUCAGUAGUUUAAUAUAUCCAUGAAAAAAAAAUUAUGCAUAGAGACCUAAAACCUGAAAAUGUUCUAUUGGAAUAUGACUCAACUAGUCAAAAUCCUACUAAGUACUCCAUCAAAGUUAUUGAUUGGGGAACUGCUACCAUAUUUGAUGAAAAAAAGCAAACAAAGAUAGUAGGCACACCCUAUUACAUAGCUCCUGAAGUUUUAAGAAAAAGUUAUACAGAGAAGUCAGAUAUUUGGACAUGUGGUAUUAUUUUGUAUAUUAUGCUGACAGGAGAGCCUCCAUUUUUUGGUAAAGAAAAUGAAAUCGUGUAAAACAUUAUGGAUUGUAAAUUCAGUAUGGAUUAAGAUGUAUGGAAAGUCAUUAGCGUUGAAUGUAAAGAUCUUAUUAAAUAGAUGAUAUGUCCUGAAGAAAAAAGAUUAAGUGCAGCAUAAGUGUAAAUGCAUCCAUGGGUACAGAAACAUAUUGCUUUAUUCAAGGAAAGCUUGAAGGAUAGUAAAGUAGAAUAGAAUAAACUUUAAUUGAAUAAAUUAAAGAAAUUUACAACAAAGAACCGCUUUCAUUAAGCAAUUCUAACCUACAUAUCAUCAUAACUUACUUCAAAAGAAGAUCUUCUGCAAUUCAAAUCUAUUUUUGAAAAGAUGGACUUAAAUAAUGAUGGAUAGCUUACUAAAGACGAAAUAGAGAGUGGAUUUAAAUAAUUCUAAGAGUUUUUCCAUGGAGACUAUGACAUUGAUAAGAUAUUUACAAAUGUCGAUUUAGAUGGUAAUGGAAAAAUAAAUUAUUCAGAGUUCAUAACAGCCUGCAUUUAACAUGAAAAUAGUAUGAUAGAUUCUAAAUUGCAAAAAGCUUUUGAAGUUUUCGAUUCUGAUGGAAACAACUAUCUAACUAAAGAUGAACUUAUGGAUAUAUUUGACAGCAAAUUCAAAUAAAGUGAUAAAGAAAGUUAAAUCAAAUAAAUCUAUUCUCAAUUUGACACUAAUGGCGAUGAAUAAAUUAGCUUUGAUGAAUUUAAGCUAAUGAUGAAAAAGUAUGCUGAAACUUCUUGA